AUGGCACAAAGUGAGGGAUCAAGUCGGUCCAGCGCUACGACCGAACAGCUCCUUCAACAGAUUCUGCACGCAUUAGAGAAGCCGACGAUGGAAUAUCGUGACGAAACCCAUGUCCAUACUCGAUUUUGGACAAGUUACAAAAAUGAAGCCAAGGAGUAUGACGACGAAUUCCUUAGAAAACGAAACGGUGAUCUCGAUAUCGUCCUUAUCUUUUCAGGCCUCUUCUCCGCGGUCAGCACAGCCUUCAUCUCUGGCAUGCAAUCCGAUCUCAGCCCAGAUCCCAACGAUGAGACUCAAGCCCUGCUGAUGAUUUUGGUCCAUACAUUGAACAACAGCGCAUUUACCACUCAGAGCACAGAUUUGCCAGUGUGGAAUGGUCCCGAUUCCACAGUCGUUUGGGUUCAAAGCCUGCUAUAUGCGAGUCUCAUGGCGAGCCUCCUUGCUGCUCUAGGUGCAAUGCUUGGGAAACAAUGGCUUAGCGAUUACGCGGGUAUUCGAAGGACUGGGUCUAUUGACGCUCGCGGUAGGUCCAGACAACGGAAGACAAUCGCUUUUGAGGCGUGGCACUUCGAUACGGUGAUGGAAUCGUUGCCGAUACUGCUGCAGAUGUCGCUCAUGCUCUUCGGUAUUGGUCUUUCGGCAUUCAUAUGGAGUCUCCAACAUACCGUUUCUAUCAUCCUCAUUGUCGCAACGUCUUUCGGAAUCAUGUUCUAUGUCUUUAUUGUUUUAUCUUCCUUGGCGUACCCCGACUGUCCAUUCCAAACUCCUACCUCGAAAUUCCUUCGUUUGAUUUUCGGUGUCAUAGAUCGAUCUGCACGGUAUGCAAGACAGGACGUCGCUUUCUAUCAUUCGACAAGACUAUAUCGGCUCGCAUUGACGAGAGGCAUCCUCAUCAUUGCCUUGUCAAUUCGUCACAUCAUAGUAUAUACGCUGCAGACGUUGUCCAGGCUCACAAUCUCCAUCACAGAAUACAGCACCCGCAUCGUUCAGUUCAUCUUCUUGCGUAAAACAGGGGGGCUUGCACCCUGGAUGGGCCAAUCCUUAGAUGCUAUAGCGGUUGCAUGGACUUUAGAGGCAUCCACAGAUUUGGGCAUCAUCACCGCUGCGGCUCAUAUGGUCCCAGAAAUCGAACAGUGGCCUGUCGAGAUCAAUGUCUUAGCCGCUCUAGUGCAGAUACUCGACACCUUCGCCGAUUGCUUCGACCAAAGUCAGCAUGGAAGAAUCCAGUUGGUCGCCGCAGCCGAAGAGAGAGCUCUUAUUUCUGGGAAGGCCUUGCUUCACCUCUAUUUUGCAAGACCCUUUACUCCCACUGACGACAAUCGUUGGCCAUUCAAUGACCCAGUUGAUGGGCGUGGAUAUCAAAGAUUGUUCCAUCCUGGAGACCACACUUCAAAUGAUUUUCGACAGCUACUCGAGAACUUCCAACCACCAGAUGCGGAUCUCAAGUUCAUCUGUGACAUUCUAAAGCGCACGUUUUAUUCGUGGCUGGAAUCUAAUGAUCCACUAGCCGAUACACACAAUGGAUGGGCGUUGUCGGACGUAUCUCAAGUUUCGGAUGGCCUCCUCCACUGGUUCUCCCAUGCCCUGAUCCAUUGUCUCAGCAACCCACAGCUCCGCGAGGCCAUGAAACCGAAGGAUGCAGCAGUGAACGUGAUCUUGACAUUGUUACCUCGCGAAUAUCUACCGAAGCAAAUCUUAGCGAACUGCCUCUUAGCAGCGGGACUUCUCAUGGGUCAGUCAAUACAUGAAGCCCCUCUCAUACAUUCGACUAACGAUCAUGAAGUUGGAAUGAUCCUAUUAUCUGUCUUUGACCAACUGGUUACAGUCAUGCCUAUUGCGCCGUCCAGUUCCAGACAAAACUCGCCGGAUGCCGAAAGAGAAUCAUAUGCAUUGAAAUUACUGGAUCCCCUAAUGCAGCUUCUGGUUGAGAAUCCCCAUUUUCACUAUGUCAUCCACAGCAUCCGUUUCCUGAGGAUUCCUUCGAACAUCAGGUCAGAUGAACGUAGGCAAGCCCACUUAUUUAAAAAACUCAACUUUCAAGCUUCAGGUUUCGAGUAUUCCGCAUCUGCUCUGCGACUCAAAGUAUUAAUGGCAUGUCCUGCCAGUAUCAAGUCGCGAUACCAGUGGUACAUGGAACAGGGGCCAUAUGGACGACCAGCAGAACAUAAUGACCACCCGAUUUCGCGCGGCACUAACUCGCACACGCGGGGAGUUUUAGAUCCAUCUUCACUGGAAAGCCAUCGUUUAUCUGAGAAGGUACUUGAUAUCGUGACUAUUUCUCGACACACUCGGUCCAGCAACGCUCUCGCAAUUGCAGAUGGUCUCCUGAUUCUAUACGAUAUCCUAGACCUUAACACACACCCGGCUACCGAUUUCAGGGCCCGGCUUUUCGAUGUCAUCUCUUGGGGCAUGCAGCACCCUGCUUCACGCGUGUGUCACUCUGCCCUAAAGCUGGCCCACCGGCUGCGCCCCUGGUUGAGAGACCCGUUACCAUGGACGGACAUCCUUCAAGCUAAACACUUCUGUCAAAAUUUCUGUGCCUCUCUCUUCCUUUCUGCGACUACGAAGCAUGCGACAGACAUGCCUGAUUUACAUAUCCUAGAUGAUUCCCUUGACUAUGACCGAGACAUACGAUAUCUAGAUAUCAUCUGCUCUCUUGCGCAGGCCGAUCAAUGGCACGAAGCCAUCAAUAGCUACGGACACAUCAAGAGGUGCAUUAACAUCGCAAAAAAGCUAUGCACGCUCUAUGCAGGAGAUGGACACGACACUAUCCCAUUAUAUCCCGAGUUAUACGAAGGCUCAAACCAUCUCGGAUCGUACAAGGGAGAUCUGUGGUCUCGCUUGAUAUAUAUCAUUGUCAGCCCUUCCAUGGCCGGCCUCCGUCAGAGAUCGAUCAGCCCGCUCAAUGUUGACGAAGAAUUGACAUGGACGUUCGUCCUCGAGGCAUGGAGAGCUCAAGGUGUUUAUGAUCCCACAGACAUAUUCAUCUCGCCGAUGGUCCAGUAUACACUCGAGAUCAUCUCAUCUCAUCCGCAUCGCGCGACGGCUUCGCUGCACGAAGAUAUUGUCGCGACCCGUGACGCGAUGGCACUCCACUUCAUAGAUCAGGAUGCCGUUGGUCUGUUCGGUCCACUUUUAGAGAAGCUACAACAACAUGAUGGAGCGGAUGGGGAUGCGACGAAUUCAGGCAAUUUGUGA